UAGCUGGCCAAAUGGUCACAAAAGAGCCAUUACAGCGACAAUGACAAUUGAACUUUAAAAAAACAACAACAUCCGAUUAAUUGUAAUGAUUAACGUUACGUCUGUUGUUUGAGGGGGGGAGCAGUUUACGGGAAGCACCGAGGAAGGCGAUAGUCCAGUGAACACCGCCCACUGUGAAACCAAAGGCAGUAUUGAGCGCACAGGGAUGAGCUAAGUCAGUAAAUGCUAGCUAAUAAAGUCGCUUGGACUAGUUAAAUUGUUUCCUUAAUGUUAAGUUAACGAGUAGCAGUGACCUUGUGUAUAAUACCAAGGAGACAUGUAGACAAAGAAGGCCAAUUUAUGUGGUCGUUUUGUUCGCGGCUCGGGUAAGUAGAGUAGCGACUGUUGUUGUUGUGGCCUGCUGCUACACGUUAGCCUAGCUUAACCCAGCUAGCUGUAGGCUCAGCUGGUUCCCGGAGCUCCACUCGCAUCACUUCCCCGGAACGAAAGGAGACAUGGCACACCUUUCCAGCUAAGAGAGAAGGUCGAGCUUUCGUCGUAAAGGUAACUAGUGUUUUUGGCCAGGGAUCAGCAAGUUCCCCAGCAAUGAGAGCCUCUACUCUGUGAUUGACAUCUCACAAAAAUGGAGCUUUACUGGUACAUAGUUGUCAUCAUAUUCAUUAUCAUCAAGAUAUUCUUCUAUGUGUGCUGGUACCGAUCAAGGCAAAGGCAGCUGGCAGCCUACCUGAGCAACCCUCGCAAUGCCCAGAUUGUCAUCGUUGGAGGAAGGGCCUACCUUCAUCAGAUGUGUGAGAGGCAGAGUCAAACCUCUGUCUGGCCAAGCUGGUAUGGUGUUCAAGAUGACCUGUCAAUAGAAGAGCCCUCUACAGCUCUGCCACCAGCUGCAUCCUACUCCCACUUGGACAUGCCACCACCAUAUGAGGCAGUCUCUGGAGAGGACGAUCUGAAGCCGCCUCCAUAUAGCGAGUGUGCACAUGGUGACGAGGCCGCCGCUCCCCGUCCCUCCCCUCACACUCCUCUCAUUUCUGAGGGAGGGGACUCCAUUAGUGUGAGCGAAGCCCCGCCCCCUUACACGGCCUCUCCCCCAAUGACAGUCAGCCACCAAGACGGCCCCGUGAGCCACUGCGAGUCGCGGGUGGAGAACAGGUCCACCUAAUCAAUCCCCGAUGCCAGUUUUGCCUUUUCCAUGCACUGCCUUCUUACAUUCAACCUCAGUGAUCGUUGCCAGCCUAACUCUCAUCACAUGAGAGCAGAUGUUUAUUUGGAUGCAAGUGUGUGCGUGUGUGUGUAUGAGUGUGUGUGUUUGGUGGUUUUUAAAACUAAGUUGUUUUUCUACUUUGUAUUGUUUUCAAGAAAAAAAUAGAAGAGGUCAUCUGAUGAGUUGGCAAUAACAGAUGAAGAUCAGCAAGCCUGUGUGCCUCAUAAGCUGCCUGUCAGCUAGGACGAGGAUAACAGCACUGACCUCUAAGCUCAGAGGCAGUUGGCGAGAUACAGAUAAGCAGAGAGAAAGAUACCUUAAAAGGUGUUCUGUUUGUUUGUCCAAGGCCACUUCCUGUCACAGAUCUAAAACAAUUUCCUCAUCAUGGCAGCGCAAUUAGGGAAAUGAGUAGACUGACAGCAUUAAGUUCCUGCUUCUGUGGUACAUUACACUGCGGACAUUACUUCCUCUGUGUGUGUCUGUCUAUAGACAUUGUUCUCAAAACGGUAAUUCAAUAACAGUCGAUGCUGGAAAUUUUCAAUCAGUCUAAUUCAAUUUUCUGGCAAUUUGCUGCAUACGUGUGCAUAUUGAAUAAAUGUCUUUUGACUUUGUCGAUCUAUUGCUUUCAAUACUUCAUUAAUGCUGCACAUGUAUUAUAGGAACACAACGUAUGCUGAUGGGGAACUAUCUGAUAAUGAAUGCUCUAAUUGUUUAGAGUAAUGGCCUCAUUUGCAUAGCUGGCUCUGUUUUUAAUAUAUCACAGUGAUUAAAGCGGCACAUUUAUGCAAUUCAGGCACCUAUUAGAUCUGUGAAUGGAAGUGAGCGAGGACGAGCCAGUGAGAUAAACGAACGAUUCAAAGCAGUCGACAAGAGGCUGUUUUUUUGUGUGCGUGUAUGUCAUCACCUCUACUGCUGCGUUCUGUCUGCGACAGCUUCACGUGGGCACCUGUAAGCCAGAAAAGUGUGUGUGCAAACAGUGUAAACACAAGUUUUGUUGUCGAAUCGGAUAAAAGGUCCUCAGAAGUGUCGCACAAGUUGUGCUUUGUACGUUAACACGUAUGAAAACAGAUGUGCUGUAGUUGUAGAUCCAUCUGUAAGAUAACCAGAUUUGGUGUUACAAAUUGUAAUUUUGAGCUAAAGUCGUGAAUUGCGGAAAAACAUUAUCAGAUUUAAAAAUGUGUAACAAUCGUGGAUAAAGAUACACAUGACUGAGCUAAGGCUUAAAACAUUUCAUGGAACAGAGCUUAAGGCUGACUUACUUUUUAAGAAGUUAUCAACAAAACUCAGUUAUUACUUUUCUUCAUGGUGUUGCAAAAUGACAACUAACCAAAAAUGUUUUUAACAACCACUUGUGUUCUCUUUGUUCCUUGUGAUCUUCAUGUUGAUCUACCACAGGCUGGUAGAGGUCCACAAACUGUCCACAAACUGCGCGUUUUUCGUUGGUAUUUCCUGGUAUUCCGUUGCUUUCAAAACAUUAUUACUGUGCCUUUUUUUGCUUUUUUGACACUGCAUUUCAGAUAAUCUGUUGAUGAUACUGUUAGGAGGUGCUGAAAAUGAUCCACCUCCCGUGUUUGUUUCCGCAACAAUAUAAUCAGUGUACAGACUGAACAAUUACAAAAAAAUAAUGAUGAUAAUAAGAGAAAGUAAAACAAAUGUAAUGCUGUAUAAAUGUAUUUUGGGACUUUUGGGAAAAGUGCAUAAAGUGUGUUUUAAUGAUAAUCCCUCGUAUUGUGAUGACAAAUCGUGGAGCGUCCGUCACUGAUGCCUUUUGAAAACCCUUUUCUAUGUAUGCAACGCGAAGCUGCAGUGUACAAACAUGAACUCUGAACUCUGGUUGACAUCACUAACGUAGCAGCAGCAGCAUGAUGACUAUCUACCUAAACCAUAGCGUUACAGGCUCCUACUGUAACAUACGUCCUGUUUGUUGAUUUCAUGUUAAUUCCCACGGUUGUUGGUGUCAGAUCUCUCCAGUCAGUAGCUUUGUGAGUUUAGGGAAAUUUAAUUUCUUUUUUUUUCUUUCUGUUUCGGGGAAAAAUGGUCUUCUGUAUUAAACUGUUGUUUAUAAUC